AUAUAACACAAGAACCGGCAAACUUUCUUUUGAAUACAAAGGAUUUAUUGAUGAUAUAGUAGGAUUUAAUUGUCAUUUUUAUGAAUCCCAUCAUUGCCUAACAGCUUGUUGUAGAAAUGGUACAGUAUUGUCAUGGAAAACUAUGACACACUUUAAAAUAUCUGAAAAGAAACUUCCAAUCAGUCAAGUGAAAACCUUCAACAUUAUCUCCACCGUUGAUGAGGAUUAUAAGGCAAUAAUAUCUUACAAAAAAAAUCAGUUCAUUCGAUUCGCCUCAGUCAACAUAAAAGAGAAAUCAUUCAGGGAUUACAAGUUUGCCAUAAAACCAAAAAUAAAAUAUUUUAUAGGAUUGAGUAGUAAAUAUUUUUCUGUAGCACAAGAAAGCGAUCUGUAUUUCAUCAAACUGUCUGGUGGCAGAGAAUUGUCAAGGUAUUCUAUGCAAGCUACUCGAACAUUCACCUGUCUAGCCUGUCAUCAAUUUGAAGAAGUAGUUCUUACUGGUGACAGUACCGGCCGGGUGUUGGUAUGGCAAAAUAUUUUUACGAGAGAAAAAACCCAGUCAGUAUUUCACUGGCAUACAUUACCUGUCCAAACUGUGAGUUUUUCAGCUUCUGGAAGUUACUUCUAUAGCGGAGGAAGUGAAUGUGUUCUAGUAAAGUGGCAACUUGAAAACGUGAAUGACAGAAAGUUUCUUCCUCGCCUACCUGCGGAAGUACAACAUGUUGCAGUUGCUAAUGAUAAUUUAUACGUAGCUGUGGCAACCAAUGAUAAUGCCAUCAGGAUACUGGAUCCGACAAUGAAGCAAAUCACCCUAAUUCAACAUUUGGUGUUAGGAAAACAUUAUGAAGCUGGAAUUGUUUAUGAUCCCCGGACGCAAGCUCUCAUAAUGAACGGAAAUCAAGGACAAAUCCAGUUUUAUUCUCCAGAUGAUAUGUCGCUCAUGUUCAAUAUUGACAUAGUGGACCAAAAUAAGAUUACGAAUGAAAGAGAGUGUGUGAUGGUGAACACCGAAAUAACCAAAUUUGCAAUAAGUAAAACUGGAUUAUGGUUAGCCAACAUUGAGGAAAGAAGAGAUAUGGAAUAUCAUAAAGAAAUUAGAUUGAAAUUUUGGAAGUUUGAUGAAUCAAAGCAAAUGAUACAAAAUAGCUUACCGAUAUGUGUAACUUUCUUGCUGGAUAACUUUAACCAGAUCUUUCAGGGCAGAUCUCCUCCCACGGUUGAUUAUUACAGCAGUUGCCAAGUAUCUCAAGAUGUGAGGGCACAUUGUCUGAAUGGGACUAUCUAUUAUCAUUUUUUCAAUUCUUUUUCUGUGAAUAAUAUCGGUAUAUUAAUCCAUCCUUCACACAAAGAAACAAUAAAACAGAUCCAGUUCGGAAAUGGUAACCAGUGCCACCUUUUAGUUUCUGCAAGUGAAAAUCAACUUAGCGUUUGGAAUAUACUAACACUCUCGAUGGUUUGGACAGUGCCUAUUAAGACAUCUCUAUUGAUUGCUGACCGUUUAUCGGAAAAUAUGGGUAUUAUAUGCAUGGACAAAAGCGGUAUGUUUGGUUUUUAUUCUAUAACCCAUUUUCCUGAGUCUGUUAUAGUAGUUAUCAGAAAAAUAUGUUUGUUUCAGGAGUUAUAUUGUGUGUCUAGUGUGACUAAUUAUAUUAUGAUAGACAAUGUAGUGCCAGACGAUACAUCAAUGUUUAGUAUGGCAAUACCAACAAACAAACUAAGUUUAGUUCAACCUGUCACCCCUAAUAAACAUGUCUUUGAAAAAGAUGUUGGGCACAAAACCAUUAAGAAGUACCUUGAAGGCCCCAUACACACCAUCGCUCCAAUUAGAUUCUCUUGUUACUCACUAUUGAAAUCUUUAGCAGUACAAAAAUAAAAUGUUAAAAUCAGUUUCACGACUA